UUGAGUUUAAUAAGGCCCGUCCAUUUCUACAUCACUGAUUUUUCUGGUGUAUCUCACAUUAGAUACUAUUAUAUAUUUCUGUUUUUUGUCUACAUUAUUACUGUGCUUGGAAACUAUUUUCUCAUGAUUGUGAUUAUUGUGGACCGAAAUCUUCACACACCUAAAUAUAUUGCUGUCUUUAAUUUAGCACUGACAGACAUUUGUGAGAGUACUGCUGUGAUCCCUCAGCAACUGGAAGCAUACAUGUUUGGAAAUCAGUUCAUUCUGUAUGGAUUGUGCAUGUCCCAAAUGUUUUUCAAUUGUGUUAUUUUUGCAGUGCAAUCAAUUACUCUUACUAUUUUGUCUUUUGACAGAUUUGUAGCUAUUUGUUUACCACUGAGGUAUCAUAUGAUUGUGACCCACAGAUCAAUGCUUGUUAUGAUUGGUGCUUCAUGGAUAAUAGGACUGUCGAUAGCAACAGCUGCAAUCAUUUUCCUGACUAGACUGUCUUUCUGCAGGGUUGUUGUAAUCGUUAAUAGUUUCUACUGUGAUCAUGGGCCUAUAUCACGUUCUUCCUGUAGCGAUUAUUUUCAGAGCUUUGUGAUAUCCGUUUUGUACCCUUGUGGGGAGGCCUUCUCGUGGAUGGCGUGA